AUGCCAGUCUCGGCAUGGGCGGUGCCCCCAACGGACGCUAGUGCUGAAUCUUCAAGCUUGGCCCGUGAGACGGCCAGUGGCGAGCAUGAGGAUAUGCCACCUUUAGAGGGGGAGGCCGUUGUUCCUCAACGGGGAUCCUCACCGACUUCGCCAACGGUGAUUGCCCGUGCCCUCGGCGGUGGUGACGUCGUCCUUAUACUCGAUCUGCCAGAGGUAUUCACCAUCGGUUACGACUGCGUCUCAUUCACAGCUAGACACUUUGGGGGUGUCAAAGAGAUCCCACCUGGACCACAUUUGAUAUGGGUGUCUCAUCCCAACGGAACCUCAGUGCGAUGCGGUGCUUGGAUAACGAGCUCUACGCAACACAAGGUCCAUGUCUUACAGUGGGACAAAUACAACGAGAUUCUCACCGAGUCGAGCAGCGCGGAGGCGCGGAAACAAGCGAGCAGUCUAGCAAAUAUCCAUUCCAAAUUGGUAUCCUACAGGGAUCCAGCAGCAAUCAAUGAUCAACAACAAGGCGCGCGCAUCCAAGGCGCAGCUCAUGAAGACAAUGAGGGCAUAUGGAAUAGGCUCACCAGUUGUAUCUCGGAGACAUUGCUCAACCGAAUCACUGUGCAACACCGUGGCGACUGGUUUGUGAGCACAGUCGACAAAGUCAGAGGCGUCGCUCUCAUACCUGCGGAGAUCGAGCUUGAGAAUCGCAUCUCGAACUCACUUCAAGGCCGCGAUCUAAAUUUCAUCUUCUCACAAACAGCCAAGACGUACUCGGCUGCUGGUGUCGGCUCCUUGCGCACUCAGGAGGCUACUGAUGCGUCGCAUCAUAUCGUCUCUACGCUGGCGGAUCCCGAAAAGGCGCUGGGUGAGGACGACUUUAUUGGCGAGUUCCAGUUCGCAUACAUCGUUGGAACACACUUGGGCAACGACGCCUGCCUGCAGCAAUGGUGGUAUAUGUUGCUCAAAUUAACCUUGCGGUCCUACUCUCUCAUUGCAGAUCGUCCGACUCUUGUGGAAGCAUUGUUGCGCAGCUCCGCUGCACAGAUCAACCACAGCCUGAAGCAUCUCGAGACAUCUGUGUUUGACUACAGCGAACGGCAGUCGCGAGACCUACGUCUCGCAUUGACCAUCUACAAACGCCGGCUUCAGGAGGAUGAGCUAGGCACUCCCUCUGUGAAUCUUGCGCUCUCGCAGAUAGAGGCAGCCGUCGUUCAGUCACCGCUGGGUUGGGACAUCAACAAGGACAGCUAUAUCCGCCAAGGCACCUUCAUGACCGAAGAUGGCGAUAUUGUUGCCAUGGAGACGACUGAUCUAGAGGCUGAGGACGAACGCGGUGAAUUUGCCCCUGAAGUGGUGGAAUUAGAUGAGUCGGGUAGAGAGAAAGGCCUCGUAUCGUGGACGAACUAG